AAUAGAUAGCUGCUGCUCAGCUGAUUUUAAACAGGAUGGCAGAGGAGGCAGGUACCGGUCUGUCUUCACGGGCCGAGAGGAAGGCGUUGGAAAAGGCCAAAAUACUGCAACGAGAAAGCGAGAGGAAGAUAUUUAGACAGGUUGGACGGGUCCUGAAGAAACCGCAGGCUGAGCGGUCGGAGGAGGAGGCAGCAGUGUUAUUGCUGCACAGAGAAACUGUGGAGGAGCUCUGCAAGAGACAAGUCCGCAGAAAUGUGAUCAAGAGGAAGCAGGAGGAGGUGUUUGAUGAUGCUGAUGAGCUGAAAAGUAAAGUCAGGCAGCUCGCUGUGGCAGUCAAACAAGCAAAGCACCUGGUGGUUUACACUGGAGCCGGUAUCAGCACGGCAGCCUCUAUCCCAGACUACAGGGGCCCUAAUGGGGUAUGGACACAGCUACAGAAGGGACGCACAGUCAGUUCAUCUGACCUGAGUAAAGCUGAGCCAACCCUCACGCACAUGUGCAUUAGGAUGCUACAUAAGCAAAAGCUGGUAAAGCAUGUUGUUUCUCAGAACUGUGAUGGACUUCACUUGCGUAGUGGUCUACCCAGACAUGCCCUGUCUGAGCUUCAUGGAAACAUGUUUAUUGAGGUGUGUACAUCCUGUUCCCCGGUCAGGGAGUAUGUGCGUUUGUUUGACGUGACAGAGCGGACCUCGCUGCACCGACACGGGACAGGCCGCAGGUGCAGCCACUGUGGCGCCGAACUCAAGGAUACCAUAGUGCACUUUGGGGAACGUGGGACCCUGGAGCAACCUCUCAACUGGAAAGGAGCUGCAGAGGCUGCCAGGAUGGCGGAUGUUAUCCUCUGCUUAGGCUCCAGUCUGAAGGUGCUGAAGAAAUAUGCUUGUCUAUGGUGCAUGAACAGACCAGCAAGCAAAAGGCCCAAACUCUACAUUGUUAACCUCCAGUGGACACCAAAAGAUGAUAUGGCUGUGCUGAAAAUUCAUGGCAAGUGUGAUGAUGUCAUGAGCCUCCUAAUGGAGGAGCUGAACAUUCAGAUUCCUGUGUAUGACAGGGCAAAGGACCCCAUCUUCAGUCUAGCCACACCUCUGCAGCCAGAGGAGGUGGACAGCCACACUCGUGAGGUAUUGGCUCCCUAUCACGAGCAGGAGGACUCCUUACGUGACCCUGGGGAGCAGGCAGAGGAAGCCACAGCUGUGCAGGGUGGCUGGUUUGGACGAGGCUAUGGAAAAGGAAGGAAGAAGAAAAAAUCUGCUUAAUCAAGGAAACCUUAUUAACACGUACAGUGUGCGUGUGUCAGUCCCAGUCCCUUGAUGAGGAUGAGUUGGACUUUCAACUUUAUGGUGCUGUUCUGCAUUGAUAUCAGUCAGGUGCUUCGUGCUCCGCAACGGCAAGACCUAACAGUAGCGUUGGUUAUGCUACUUUUACGGCAGCUAAGGAAGCUGUGUUAGUAGAGCUAAAUAUUAGCCCAGAACGGCUAGCAGAGCCAGCAAAGUCUGCAAGAGAAAGGCUGAAUGAAUGAAGAAACAAAUGGUUAUUUUCAGUAUCUCAAACACACACACACACACACGCCCACAUACCCUGUAGGCUUAAAAAAAUGAUAAAAUAUUUUCAUGUUGACAGAUGACAUAUGCUGUCAGUUUUUAUCAGUCACUGAAUACCAGGACUGGCAGGUUUUGAUGAAAAGGCAUCAAAAGGCCCAGUGAAAGUUGCAGCAUUAUCAAUAUCUCUGCUGUCCCUCUCUCUGCUCAGUAAAGGACUCAUUUUGACAGUAUGAAGCCUUCAGGUGGUGAAUCAUCCUCACACGUAAGAGCUUUGGUGGUGUGUCACUUCAGCCUCUGUUAAACGUGUACUUUUACCAAGUUGGUAAUUGGUGCAGAGCAGUAACUAAUUUAAUGUGCAACAUGCCACUGGUCUGAGCAUUACCUAGAUGGAGACGGAAAUGCUAUAAUACUGGUAUCUGAGGUGUAAGUUACUGUGCAGUAUAUGCUCAUUUGAAGUAUCUUUCAGUGGAACACAAGUGGCUUGGUGUUUAUAAGUGGCAAAGGCCAGAGGAGGAGCAGCAACAGCAGUAUGCCAAUGACCACUUUUCGAUUCCUGUGCAGCCACAGCUUUCACUGAGGAGAGAUUUAAAGACAGGUCAAACAUUUUCUACAUGUCAUGCUCAGAGUAAAUGUUAUUUUUCUAGUUUUUUUUUAACAGACAUUUAAAAACCUGCAUUGUUGAAUGUACCUUUUUAACAUAUAGUAGCUUAAUUGUGUUGAUGUUUAUUUUAAAGGUAUUUUGGUUUACUUAAAUUAUUUCCUGAACUCACAGUCGACCUUCACUCUGCUGUCACUUAUCCUCAGGUUUGCAGGCUAUGUAGUGCAGCUACUACUAUACCUUGGUUUACUGAAUUGUUUGAAUUCGCCUAUGUUUACACUUUUAGUUCAACUUUCCUGCAGACUCUGCUGCUGUCACUACUUUGUGUACAGCAGAGUAAGGAAAGGUGUUUUUUGUGCUUAAAUUUUGAUUAGUGUCAAGUACUGUAAGUUACUGUUUACUUAAAUGAUUGGAAGCAACCAAAUAUGUGUCUUUAUUAAUUUGUCUCAGGAAGAUGCAGUAUUAUUGAUAAUCUCACUCUGUGCUAUAUAGUGUCAAAAGGUUUAAAAGACCAAACUAACCAUGAUAAGCUAAUGUUCAGCAUUCCUAAAAGUCAAACCAGUGGUGAAACUGGAUGUGAAGACUCCUUGGUUUUCAUUGUAUUUUGCAAAAAAAGACUCAAUGUGAUACAAUAAAGUG